AUGGAGAAAGAAAUAGAUGAAAUUACUGUUUACCAGUCUGCUAGAUGGAUAUCCCCAGCUGAAGCUAUGUGGAGAAUUUUUUCAUUCAAUCUGCCUGAAAUUUAUCCGAUAGUCUAUUCUUUACAGCUUCAUGUUGAAAAUCAUCAACAAGUUACAUAUAACAAUGAAGAUGAUUUGUCUACUAUCAUUGAGAACGAAAAUACGAAACAAACAAUGUUAACAAAAUUCUUUCAAGUGAAUGAAGUGGAUGAGUUUGCUCGUACACUAAAUCCAUCUGAAAGAGAACGAUAUUUUCUCCGUGUUCUUAUGAACCAUAUUAGAGGGUCAACAUCAUUUCAUGAUUUACGAACUGCAAAUAGAGUUAUUGUUCUUACCUAUCGAGAAGCUGCACUUUUGCAUGGUUUAAUAAGUGGAGAUAAUCAUUAUGAAGAAUGUCUAUCUGAAUCUAUUGUUUACCAAAUGCCUAUUUCUUUAAGACGUCUCUUUGCCACACUUCUUGUGCUUUGCAGCCCUAAUAAUCCAAAGCUAUUAUGGGAUAAAUUCAAAUGUUAUAUGAUUGAUGAUUAUGUACAUGAAAAUAUACCUUCAAAAGUUGGUGAAGUACAAGCUCUAGAGGAAAUUAGUUGUAUCUUAGAAUCUUUAGGCAAAAAUAUAAAUGACUAUCAAAUGGUACCAUACAAUGUAAAUAUGAACGAGAAUGAUAGAUUGAGGAGAAUGAUUGAAGAUGAGACAACGAAUUUGGAUAUUAAGGGAGGAUUAAGUGGUGCCUUCGUCAUUGAUGGUCCAGGAGGAACGAGCAAAAACAUUUUGUAUAAAGCAUUAUUAGCUGCUGUGAUGUCUCAAAAUUCAAUUGCUUUGACAACUGCAUCUUCUAGAAUAGUUGCAUCUCUCUUACCUAGAGGUCGAACUGCUCAUUCGAGGUUUAAAAUUCCUUUAGAAAUAGUUGGUGAUGUAAGCUGCUCGGUUAGCAAACAAUCGGAUUUUCAGCAAGUUUUACCGGUGGUAUCAAGAGGGAAAAAGGAAGAUAUAAUGAAAGCUAGCUUAGUAUUCUCUGAAUUAUAG